ACCCCAUGGGGGACAGGGCCAGCCCAGGACACUGCGGGGUGACAUCCCAUGGGGGAGGUGACACCCCUGGGGGACAGGGCCAGCCCCGGGGGGACAGGGCCGAUGUCCCCAGGCCGCGGGGACACGCACAGCGGGCUGGGGACAGCUCCGGGCAGCAGGGACAGCCCCUCCGCCUUCCCUGCCUCAGUUUCCCCGCCCGCCGCUGCUUACUCAUCGCCAUCGAUCCCAUCGAUCCCACCGGGGGCGGGGUGGGGUGCGGGGGACACACAAAACAACCUUUUUCCCCCCAAUUCUGAGGCCGGCUCGGGCUCGCCCCUCCCGGCUGUGCCCCCAGCCCCGGGGGUGCUGCGGGGAGCGGGGGAAGCGCCCCCCGAAAAGAACCAAACACAAACCCCCAAACUUUCUUUGGGAAAGUGGAAAUAAAGCACGGGGGGGCCGGGGGUGGGCGAGUGCCAAGGGAGGAGGAGGAGGAGGAGGAGGAGGGGGCAGGACAGGACAGCGGGCACGGGCAGCAGCCGCCCCGCGCUCCCGCAGCACCGGCAGAGCCCCGCAGGUUUGGGGGGGGACCCCCGGACCCCCCCCAAAAAGGGGCCAUGGGCAUCCAGGGCAUGGAGCUGUGCGCCGUGGCCGUGGUCAUCCUCCUCUUCAUCGCCGUGCUGAAGCAGUUCGGCAUCCUGGAGCCCAUCUCCGUGGAAGACAGCGGCGAUGCCGACGUGGAGCUCCCGAGCGCCCGGCACCAGCCCGAGGAGCUGGAGCAGCUGCUGGCCCGCACCAAGUUCACCAAGGCCGAGCUCCAGUCCCUCUACCGCGGCUUCAAGAACGAAUGUCCCAGCGGCCUCGUGGAUGAGGAGACCUUCACGCUCAUCUACUCGCGGUUCUUCCCUCAAGGCGACGCCAGCUCCUACGCCCACUUCUUGUUCGACGCCUUCGACGCCGACCGCCACGGGGCCCUGUGCUUCCAGGAUUUCGCCGUGGGGCUCUCGGUGCUGCUGCGGGGGACGGAGCAGCAGAAGCUGAAGUGGACGUUUGACCUCUACGACGUGAACAAGGACGGCUACAUCACCAAGGAGGUGACAGUGGGGGACACUGGGGGGCUGGCGGGGUGGGGACAGCCGGGCAGGGACCUGCCAGCGCCCUGUGUCCCCCAGGACAUGCUGGAGAUCAUGAAGUCCAUCUAUGCCAUGAUGGGCCGCUGCACCGAGCCCGCACUGGGCGCCAGCGCGCCGGCCCAGCACGUGGAGCUCUUCUUCCAGAAGAUGGACAGGAACAGGGACGGCGUGGUGACCUUCGAGGAGUUCCUGGCCACGUGCCAGGAGGACAAGGACAUCAUGAGCUCCAUGCAGAUCUUCCACAACGUGCUCUAGACCCUGCUCCCCCCGGAGCUUUUCUGCUGUUUCAGACAAACGAGAAGUUCACAGGCAGGAGAGAUCCAGCGUGCGGCUCCCGGAGAUGGGACAGGACAAGGACAAGGACAAGGACAAGGACGACGUUGCCACCAGAGCCCCCCGGGCACGGAGCUGCCAGCUGCCAGCCAGACCCAUUUUGGGGGGGCUGAGCCUCCCCUCGACACCGAGGCCCCCUUGGCGGUGCGGGGACCUGGCACGGCACAACCCCCGGGGCGGGGACCCCCGGGACGUGGGGACCCCCGGGUGUGGGGGUCUCCCUAUGGCAGCCGUGGAACGGAGCCCCCGAAGGGAACUGAAAGCACAGCCCCUCCCCCGGCAGCGUGGGGAGGGGGAUUUUAUAAAUAAACCAAAUGGUGACGA